AUGGACGCCAGCGCGCCGAGGGGCACGACGCGGGUGUCCCAGCCAACGUCGCCGCAGCACGACCCGCGGCGGCAGGGAGGCGGCGCUGCCGCCGCGCCCGCGCAGGAGCGGUUGCUGUCACCGCCUCGCACUUUGGACCAGGCGAAGUCGGGCAUGUGUAGCGGCGACGGCGCGCCCGCCUUAAUUGCACCACCACCACCACCACCGUCGUCGUCGUCGGCGUCGGCGUCGGCGUCGGCAUCUCUCUUCACGGACACAAGACACCACCUUGUCCUGCGAAACGAGUUGGGCGGCGCCGGCUACGAGGAAAACGAAGAUGGGGGUGGGGCGGGCAGUUGCGUUUGUCUGUUAGAGCCAACGCCGCCGCCCGCAGGAGGGGGCGUUGUGGAGGCGGUGCCGCUAGAGCCUCCACCAGCACUACAACAGGCACAACCAGAGCAGCAGCAGCAGCAGCUGACAGGCGAUGGGAGACGAGCCGCUUCCGAUGCGCCUGCUGCGCCGUUCGGGAGGAUGCGGCUUAACCUGCGAGGGGCGGAGCCAAAGCCGCCCGUCGCAGCAGUUGCUCCCGAUGUGACGUGUGGUAAGGACGCGGGUGCUAGCGCUACGGUAAGGCGAACGCUGCGUCUCUCGCGUCGCCCCUCCACCGCAACGACGACAGAGGCGCGGGGGCGGCGACAAGAAGCAGUUCCUGCAACCGUGGAGGAGGGGGCCGCCGUGCAGGCUGACAACUCCUUGGUGGCGCCGCCCCCGCGACAACCGGAGGCCGCGGCGGGAAGGGAAGGCGGGUGCAACAGUGAGGCGCGGGAGGAGCCGUCGCGGGCGGGGGUGCACCAGCAGCUGCCGCUGGUGGUGUCACACACGGCCGGUGCGACGGGCUCGGUUGGGGAGGAGGCCCCGCCGAUGGUGCGGCGUCAGCGCAACUCCGCUGAUUGGGGCGAGUUGAUGUCGCCCACCCCCACACCGCAGGGCAUGUACAGCUGCGGCUGCUCUCCCAGCAUGCGACGCCACAGCAAGUUGGGGGUGCCUUUGCCCUCCGGCCCCACCCCGAUUGACUUCGGCUCAGUGACGGAGUACGUCGAGACCAAGUACGAGGUGAAGGCGAAGAUCAGUGAGGGGACCUACGGCGAGGUGUACGUCGGGCGCUGCCUUGCGACCGGAGAGACCGUGGCGCUAAAGCGACUAAAGGUGCUCCAAGGCCUGGAUGGCUUUCCGAUCACGUCGCUGCGAGAAAUCAUCGCCCUGCGACACAUCAACAGCGCCCGCGAAAGCGCCGCCACUUCGGAGGCGAAUCGUGGCGAGAAAAAGGACCCCAUUGGGGAGGUGAUAAGCCUCCGGGACGUGUUGCUGUCGCGUACGCACCAUGACAUUUACCUCGUGUUUCCGUAUGCCUCCUGCAGCAUCGCUGGUUUGCUGCAGCGACGAUUUCCCUUCUGCGAGAGGGAAAUCGCCUAUGUCUUUAAGAAGCUUCUCAGGGCCUUGAUGAAGCUGCACGCCAUGGGCAUUAUCCACCGUGAUGUCAAGGCCGACAAUGUGCUGAUGCACCACGAUGGUCAGGUGCGGCUUGGGGACUUUGGCCUCUGCGUCUUUGAGGACUCGGGUCGACGCGCCCUCACACCGAGUCUCAUCAACCUCUCGUACCGUCCACCCGAGAUGCUGCUGGGCAUCACCUCCUACGACGUGAAGGUGGACAUCUGGUCCGUCGGCUGCUUUCUCGCCCAGAUGUAUCUACGCACUCCGCCGUUUUUCCUCGCCAACCGCCGCCACGCGGCCGACGGCGGUGCCGCCGCGAGAGGCGGACACGCGGGCGGGCGACAACAGCAGCAACCGCCGCAUGACCCUCAUCAGCACCGGCGGGCGGAGACGGAGCUGGAGCAGCUGUCGCUCAUCACGGAUGUCCUCGGGCCGCUCUCCGGCGCCGGCCCCGACGCCUUUCCGCCGGCGCUGUGCCAGCGCUCCGCCCAGCUCGAGCAGCUUCGGAGGGCCCUCGCCACCACCUCCGCCUCCGCCCUCUCCUCCUCCACCCCGUCGCUCGGCUCCCUCUUUCAGCCGAGUUUUCUCUACUCAGAGUUUCACGGGUUUGCGGCGUGGUUCCUGGCCACGGCGGAGCACCGCCGCCGCGACCCCUCGCAUCUGCUCCCCUCGAAGGAGUGCGUCGACGUGCUGACGGCCAUCUUCCAGCUCGACCCGCGCAAGCGACCGACGGCGGCGGAGCUGCUGGAGAUGCCGUUCUUUGACCUCCACCGCAGCGCGCCGCGGCGGGUCGCAGCGGACCGCAGGGCAAAUAAAGAACGGCCCUCCGACGACGAACUCGUCGAGCGACACAUCCAACGCGAGAUUGCCGAGAAACUGCUGCGGUACCACGACAGCCACAUUGCACCGCCCACCGAGAGAGGCAAGUAG